GUUGAAUGGUAGGUCAAUAGAGGAAUGCGCAUGUGCAGUAAGCAAUCGUGGUACGCAACUACAGUAAUCUGAACGUAGUUAAUUGUUACAUUACAAAAUGGAUUCACAGAAGGAUUUGCAGCCUCCCAAACAACAGCCCAUGAUCUACAUUUGUGGAGAAUGUCACACAGAAAAUGAAAUUAAAGCGAGGGACCCCAUCAGAUGCAGAGAGUGUGGUUACCGAAUAAUGUACAAGAAAAGAACAAAGAGAUUGGUUGUGUUUGAUGCCCGUUGAAGUUUCUCACCUGUUGGAUCCCCUUUUCCCUGAGAUGAGUUGUUUUAAGAUUUAGUGCAAACGAUCGUAUUUCUGUUUUGUGUUUGUUUUUUGUUUUUCAGAAAAAUGUAAAUUAUUGCUUACAUUUGUAAUAAAAAAAAAUAGA